AUGCAGCCAUCAGAGAUCUUCGUGGGUUCGAUUGACCAGGGUACGACCAGUACCAGGUUUCUGAUCUUCAAUCGCGAAGGGGAACCGGUGGCCUCGCAUCAAGUCGAAUUCCCACAGAUCUAUCCAAAAUCAGGGUGGCAUGAGCAUAACCCACUUGACCUUGUGUCUUCCGUUGAAACAUGCGUUGAACAAGCAGUUAAACAGUUUGAAUCCACUGGAUAUUCUCGCAAUGAUAUCAAAGCUGUUGGGAUUACCAACCAGAGAGAAACUACCGUCGUUUGGGAUUAUGAAACUGGCGAGCCAUUGUGCAAUGCCAUCGUAUGGACGGACACUCGAUCACAAGCGAUUGUCAAAGACUUGAAGGAGAAACCAGGGGCUUCACGAUUACAGCAAAUCUGUGGCCUCCCAUUGUCAACCUAUUCAUCCUCGUCUAAGCUGCUAUGGAUGCUCACGAACGUCCCCAGGGUCAAGGAUGCUUAUGAGCGAGGUACACUAGCUUUUGGUACAGUCGACACAUGGCUCGUGUAUCGUUUGAACGGUGGCCACCAAGCAAAUGUGUUUGUUUCGGACCCUACCAAUGCGUCACGGACUAUGUUCAUGAACCUAGAAACUCUAGAGUACGACAACUCGCUCUUGGACUUCUUUGAUAUUCGAGGAAGAGUUCAUCUACCAAAGAUUGUUCCAUCCUCCGAUACCAAAGCCUAUGGAGCUAUCUCAGAUGGAAUCCUCGCUGGCGUCCCUAUCAUGGGUUGUCUUGGCGAUCAAUCCUCGGCACUUGUAGGUCAAAAAGGGUUCUCACCAGGAAUGGCAAAGAACACAUACGGCACAGGGUGUUUCCUCCUUUACAAUGUUGGCGAAAAGCCUGUUAUUUCCAAACACGGAUUAUUGGCCACAGUAGCCUAUCAUUUUGAUGGAAAACCAGUGUACGCUCUGGAGGGAAGCAUCGCUGUUGGUGGCUCGGGAGUCAAGUUCCUGCAGAACAAUCUCGAGUUCUUCAAGGAAUCCAAAGAAGUUAACGAUUUGGCCCUCACGGUGGAGGAUAACGGAGGAUGCGUUUUUGUUACUGCGUUCAGUGGUCUCUUUGCACCUUAUUGGAUUGACGACGCCAAAGGAACCAUCUUCGGAAUUACACAGUACACGAAAAAAGGCCACAUCGCCAGGGCCACACUUGAAGCGACCUGCUUCCAAACGAAGGCAAUUUUGGACGCGAUGGAAAAAGACAGCGGCCACGCGCUGUCUGAGCUGGCAGUUGACGGAGGAAUGAGUAACUCUGAUCUUGCAAUGCAGACCCAAGCAGACCUGAUCUCCAUUCCGGUCUAUCGCCCUAAGAUGCGAGAGACGACCGCGUUAGGUGCCGCCAUUGCUGCCGGUCUGGCGGUUGGGCUUUGGCGAAAUUUUGCCGAACUGCGCGAUAUCAACCGUGCUGGUGGUGCGGUCUUUGAACCUAGGAUUAGCCGUCAGCAAAGUGCCGAGUCAUUUGCUCUCUGGGAAAAGGCAGUCGAAUCAGAUGUCUCGAGCGAGACCACAGCUCUCCAUCCGUGA